GGGCCUGGACCCAUGGACUCCACAGCGCACGCCUCCAAGGGUGCGCAGGACCUACGUGAGAAAGAGGUCGCAAAGAAUGGCAAGACGGUGGAUGGUACAAUAGAGGACAGCCAGACUUCAGACGCAUGGCAGGGGGAGAAGGCCGCCAGGGAUGUGGACUACACCGACACGUCCUCCGAGGAGGAUGAUGGGAUUAGCAAUGCCCUUCCCAUAGAGGAGAUCCCCGAGGAGAUCGAGAUUGAAGAUGAUGCGGGCGGAUAUGGCUCAAGGUCUUUGAAUCCGGAUGCAUUCCGACCCACUUCACGAGCUGGCGCCAGCUCGAGUACAGACAAGGAAUAA